UCUGAAUCCUCUCAUAGGAGUGGUGGAGUUCAGCAUGGAGAGUCUGGGCCAUCAGUUCAGGGUAGAGAGGGAUCAUCUCAGAGGCAAUCCAGGGACAGCAGUAGACAGCCUCAGGCAGGCCGUGGGCAGUCUCCACAGUCAGGCUCUAGAAGACAUCCCAGAGGAAGUCCAGUUCACUCUGAAACCAGUGAGGGAGAGGAACACUCAGUAGUCUCUCACAGACACUCUGAAUCCUCUCAGGGUCAUGGAGUUCAACAUGGAGAGUCUGGGCCAUCAGUUCAGGGCAGAGAGGGGUCAUCUCAGAGGCAAUCCAGGGACAGCAGUAGACAGCCUCAGGCUAGCCGUGGGCAGUCUCCAAAGUCAGGCUCUAGAAGACAUCCCAGAGGAAGUCCAGUUCACUCUGAAUCCAGUGAGGGAGAGGAACACUCAGUAGUCUCUCACAGACACUCUGGAUCCUCUCAGGGUCAUGGAGUUCAACAUGGAGAGUCUGGGCCAGCAGUUCAUGGCAGAGAAGGAGCUCCUCAGAGGCAAUCUAGGGACAGCAGUAGACAGCCUCAGGCUGGCCAUGGACAGUCUCCACAGUCAGGCCCUGGGGGAAAUCCUAGAGGAAGUCCUGUUCACCCUGAAUCCAGUGAGGGAGAGGAACACUCAGUAGUCUCUCACAGACACUCUGAAUCCUCUCAUAGGAGUGGUGGAGUUCAGCAUGGAGAGUCUGGGCCAUCAGUUCAGGGUAGAGAGGGAUCAUCUCAGAGGCAAUCCAGGGACAGCAGUAGACAGCCUCAGGCAGGCCGUGGGCAGUCUCCACAGUCAGGCUCUAGAAGACAUCCCAGAGGAAGUCCAGUUCACUCUGAAACCAGUGAGGGAGAGGAACACUCAGUAGUCUCUCACAGACACUCUGAAUCCUCUCAGGGUCAUGGAGUUCAACAUGGAGAGUCUGGGCCAUCAGUUCAGGGCAGAGAGGGGUCAUCUCAGAGGCAAUCCAGGGACAGCAGUAGACAGCCUCAGGCUAGCCGUGGGCAGUCUCCAAAGUCAGGCUCUAGAAGACAUCCCAGAGGAAGUCCAGUUCACUCUGAAUCCAGUGAGGGAGAGGAACACUCAGUAGUCUCUCACAGACACUCUGGAUCCUCUCAGGGUCAUGGAGUUCAACAUGGAGAGUCUGGGCCAGCAGUUCAUGGCAGAGAAGGAGCUCCUCAGAGGCAAUCUAGGGACAGCAGUAGACAGCCUCAGGCUGGCCAUGGACAGUCUCCACAGUCAGGCCCUGGGGGAAAUCCUAGAGGAAGUCCUGUUCACCCUGAAUCCAGUGAGGGAGAGGAACACUCAGUAGUCUCUCACAGACACUCUGAAUCCUCUCAUAGGAGUGGUGGAGUUCAGCAUGGAGAGUCUGGGCCAUCAGUUCAGGGUAGAGAGGGAUCAUCUCAGAGGCAAUCCAGGGACAGCAGUAGACAGCCUCAGGCAGGCCGUGGGCAGUCUCCACAGUCAGGCUCUAGAAGACAUCCCAGAGGAAGUCCAGUUCACUCUGAAACCAGUGAGGGAGAGGAACACUCAGUAGUCUCUCACAGACACUCUGAAUCCUCUCAUAGGAGUGGUGGAGUUCAGCAUGGAGAGUCUGGGCCAUCAGUUCAGGGUAGAGAGGGAUCAUCUCAGAGGCAAUCCAGGGACAGCAGUAGACAGCCUCAGGCAGGCCGUGGGCAGUCUCCAAAGUCAGGCUCUAGAAGACAUCCCAGAGGAAGUCCAGUUCACUCUGAAUCCAGUGAGGGAGAGGAACACUCAGUAGUCUCUCACAGACACUCUGGAUCCUCUCAGGGUCAUGGAGUUCAACAUGGAGAGUCUGGGCCAUCAGUUCAGGGCAGAGAGGGGUCAUCUCAGCGGCAAUCCAGGGACAGCAGUAGACAACCUCAGGCAGGCCAUGGGCGGUCUCCACAAUCAAUUCCUGAGAGAAGUCCCAGAGGAAGUCCAGUUCACCCUGAAUCCAGUGAGGGAGAGGAACACUCAGUAGUCUCUCACAGACACUCUGGAUCCUCUCAGGGUCAUGGAGUUCAACAUGGAGAGUCUGGGCCAGCAGUUCACGGCAGAGAAGGAGCUCCUCAGAGGCAAUCUAGGGACAGCAGUAGACAGCCUCAGGCUGGCCAUGGACAGUCUCCACAGUCAGGCUCUAGAAGACAUCCUAGAGGAAGUCCUGUUCACCCUGAAUCCAGUGAGGGAGAGGAACACUCAGUAGUCUCUCACAGACACUCUGAAUCCUCUCAUAGGAGUGGUGGAUUUCAGCAUGGAGAGUCUGGGUCAUCAGUCCGUGGCAGAGAGGGAUCAUCUCAGAGGCAAUCCAGGGACAGCAGUAGACAGCCUCAGGCUAGCCAUGGGCAGUCUCCACAGUCAGUUCCUGGGAGAAGUGCAAGAGGAAGUCCUGUUCACCCUGAAUCCAGUGAGGGAGAGGAACACUCAGUAGUGUCUCACAGACACUCUGGUUCCUCUCAGGGUCAUGGAGUUCAACAUGGAGAGUCUGGGCCAGCAGUUCAUGGCAGAGAGGGAUCAUCUCAGAGGCAAUCCAGGGACAGCAGUAGACAGCCUCAGGCAGGCCGUGGGCAGUCUCCACAGUCAGGCUCUAGAAGACAUCCCAGAGGAAGUCCAGUUCACUCUGAAUCCAGUGAGGGAGAGGAACAUUCAGUAGUCUCUCACAGACACUCUGGAUCCUCUCAGGGUCAUGGAGUUCAACAUGGAGAGUCUGGGCCAACAGUUCAUGGCAGAGAAGGAGCUCCUCAGAGGCAAUCUAGGGACAGCAGUAGACAGCCUCAGGCUGGCCAUGGACAGUCUCCACAGUCAGGCUCUAGAAGACAUCCUAGAGGAAGUCCUGUUCACCCUGAAUCUAGUGUGGGAGAGGAACAUUCAGUAGUCUCUCACAGACACUCUGAAUCCUCUCAGGGUCAUGGAGUUCAACAUGGAGAGUCUGGGCCAUCAGUUCAGGGCAGAGAGGGGUCAUCUCAGAGGCAAUCCAGGGACAGCAGUAGACAGCCUCAGGCUAGCCCUGGGCAGUCUCCACAGUCAGGCUCUAGAAGACAUCCCAGAGGAAGUCCAGUUCACUCUGAAUCCAGUGAGGAAGAGGAACACUCAGUAGUCUCUCACAGACACUCUGGAUCCUCUCAGGGUCAUGGAGUUCAACAUGGAGAGUCUGGGCCAUCAGUUCAGGGCAGAGAGGGGUCAUCUCAGAGGCAAUCCAGGGACAGCAGUAGACAACCUCAGGCAGGCCAUGGGCGGUCUCCACAAUCAAUUCCUGAGAGAAGUCCCAGAGGAAGUCCAGUUCACCCUGAAUCCAGUGAGGGAGAGGAACACUCAGUAGUCUCUCACAGACACUCUGGAUCCUCUCAGCGCCAAGGAGUUCAACAUGGAGAGUCUGGGCCAGCAGUUCACGGCAGAGAAGGAGCUCCUCAGAGGCAAUCUAGGGACAGCAGUAGACAGCCUCAGGCUGGCCAUGGACAGUCUCCACAGUCAGGCAGUGGGGGAAAUCCUAGAGGAAGUCCUGUUCACCCUGAAUCCAGUGUGGGAGAGGAACAUUCAGUAGUCUCUCACAGACACUCUGGAUCCUCUCAGGGUCAUGGAGUUCAACAUGGAGAGUCUGGGCCAUCAGUUCAGGGCAGAGAGGGAUCAUCUCAGAGGCAAUCUAGGGACCGCAGUAGACAGCCUCAGGCUGGCAGUGGGCAGUCUCCACAGUCAGGCUCUAGAAGACAUCCCAGAGGAAGUCCUGUUCACCCUGAAUCCAGUGAGGGAGAGGAACACUCAGUAGUCUCUCACAGACACUCUAGAUCCUCUCAGGGUCAUGGAGUUCAACAUGGAGAAUCUGGGUCUCAGAGUCAAUCCAGGGACAGCAGUAGACAACCUCAGGCUGGCAAUGAGAGUUCCCCAGAGCCCGUCUCUGGGAGAAAUCCUAGAGCUGGUCCCAUUCACCCUGAGUCCAGUGAGGGAAAGGAACACUCAUUAGUUUCUCACAGACACUCUGGAUCCUUGCAGGGGAGUAGAGGUAUUCAGCAUGAAGAAUCUGGGUCAGCAGUGAAGGGUAGACAGGGAUCAUCUCCCAGGCAAUCUAGCGACAGCAGUAGACAACCUCAGACUGGCCAAGAGAGGUCACCACAGUCAAGCUCUAGCAGAAGUCCAAAAGGAAGUUCUGUUCACCCAGAGUCUAGUGAGGGUCAAGAACACUCUGUAGUUUCAAGGAGACACUCUGGUUCUACAAAAGGACAGAGAGCAUCAUCACAAGAAUUGUCUCAUUCUCGAGUUCAAGGAAGGCAGGGACCUCCUCGUGGGCACUAUGGAGAUUCUACAGAACACACUGAAAUUUCUCGUGAGCAUUCUUCCCAUUCUGGGUCUUUGACUAAUUCUAGAACACCUAGUUCCUAUGAUUACAGUAACAGUCGUUCUGUAGAAGAUUCUGGGUUCUCUCAUAGAUUCUCUGGAUCACAACAUGGAGAGUCAGGUUAUAAUUAUUCUGCAUCACAUAGUACUCAUGGGCAGUCAAGUGAUAGUCUAAGAAACCAGUCUAGCAGAGCACAUGGGCAGUCUUCAAGAAACCAUUUUCAGUCACCUAGUACUAGUCAACGUUGGAGACAUGGCAGCUAUGGCCGUGAAGACUAUGACUAUGGACAGUCAGGAUAUGGACCUUCUGGAGGCAGCAGAAGUAGCAGCCGCAAUUCUAGUCCUUUGAGGUCAGCACAUCAGGCUGGGAACACACAUGUGUCAAAAUAUAGACAGUCUUUCUCUUUGUCUCAGAAUGUAGGAUCCAAAGCAAAUGAAGCCAUGGGAGGGCUGAAGCUAAAAUAUGGAGAAUCAUACCCACAUCAUGGGCAGCCAGUUGAUUACUACAAUCUUACUGAAUCUAGUACAACUGGAAAGCUAGAGUCUAGUCAUGGACAUUCUGUAGAACAUGCAAAUGACUGUGAUGUUAAAUAUGAAUACAGUACAAAAGGAAAACAAGUAAUUACCCAAAGCCAGCCAAUUGACCAAUCUGGUUUUGGCCAUAGUCAAUAUAUAUCAUUUCAGGAACAUUCCGAAUCCAAUUCAAUUGGAAAUCAAGCUGGAUUCAGCACUAAUAAUAAGCAAGCAUAUAGCCAUGGCCAAUCAAGUGAUAGCCAGCUGUCAAGUGAAAGCAGAAAUGGAAAUCAAAAAUCUUUUCCCAGUAACUCUCUUCAGAACCUAUAUUGUAUAGGAACUGAAGAGUGUAAAUAUUUAUCAAGUGCAACCACAUCGGUUGCGGGAAGACAAGGUCAGGAGCCAGGAUCUAACCCAUCAGGGACCAUCAGAAAUAUCAGUCAGUAUGUAGAUGGCAAGAAAACAAGGGACUCUGAAUCCAGAGGUUAUCAGGAAAGGGGGGAACUAUACUCAGGUUCUGCCUAUGUAGACAGCUACACUCCACUAUAUACAUAUGUCCAACAACAAAGACACCAUUACCAUUAUUUUGAUUGAAAGGCCAGUAUAAAACAUGAUAAACCAAGAUAAAAACUAAACCAAAGAAGAAAGUACAUGCAUAGUAAGAAAAUAAGACAUUAACAUGUUUCCUUAUUUUGGAAGUAGGUGGUAUAUUCUUUCAUAGUAACUGUAUUACUUCUUUAAUGUUGCUUGCUGCAAUAUAUUUUUAUAGGACUCCACAGACUCUGACCUUCUUGGACAAAAGAAAAUAAAUUAAGUAAACAGUAUUGGAACUAUAUUCAGAAGUACAAGUUUAAAACGUUUGAUUUUGGUGUUUGUAAUUAAAAUGAACAUAUAAAACUUCUGUGAGAUAAGCAUUAUGUUUUCCACAUGCUAUUUUACUUGUUGAUUAAAAACUUAACCAAGAAGCAAAGGACACAGUUAAGGAGUCACAAUUUUCCUAGCAAUAUUAUAACCCAUCCAUGUACUGAACAAAGAAUUUGCUUGUUUCUUGGGUGGAGAGUCAGAAUAUUUUCAUCUUUUGUGUCAUCACUGGAAUCUGUAUUGCUAUUGAAUUUAUUGUCAUGAUCUCCUAGAUGGAAGAAUAAGAAAAUUGUAUUGCAUUAAAAUUUGACAAUAAAUUUUUAAUCUGAA